GCCCUGCAGAGCUAACGCCAUCACACGCAGUGGCUACGACGAGCAGCACGUCGACAACAGGGCCACCACAGCAGCGCAGUCUUUAUUACUGUCAAAUUAUUUCAUUAUAACGGCUGUGGAAUAUAGUGCUGCGGAUUAUUAGACGCGUUUGAACUGGGCCUCUGUUGUGGCGGCACACAAAGCAAUGUGGAGGAAAUAAAAAUCCUGAUACGCUGAAAACCAGAGAUUAUAGAUAAUGGGCUGUGUGCAAUGCAAGGAUAAGGAAGCAACCAAACUCACAGACGAUCGAGACACCAGCAUCUCCCAGGGAGCGGGUUACCGCUAUGGGGCCGACCCCACGCCGCAGCACUAUCCCAGCUUUGGGGUCACCGCCAUCCCCAACUACAACAACUUUCACGCCCCUGUCGGACAGGGGAUGACCGUCUUCGGAGGGGUCAGCACUUCCUCUCACACCGGAACCCUAAGGACUCGUGGUGGGACAGGAGUCACCCUCUUUGUGGCACUUUAUGACUAUGAGGCACGGACAGAAGACGACCUCAGCUUCAGGAAAGGAGAAAGGUUCCAGAUUAUCAACAGCACUGAAGGGGACUGGUGGGAUGCUCGCUCGCUCACCACUGGUGGCAGUGGCUACAUUCCCAGUAAUUACGUGGCUCCAGUGGACUCCAUCCAGGCUGAGGACUGGUACUUUGGUAAACUGGGCCGUAAGGAUGCAGAGAGGCAGCUGCUGUCCACUGGCAACCCUCGAGGAACCUAUCUCAUCCGGGAGAGUGAAACCACAAAGGGUGCUUUCUCCUUGUCCAUACGGGACUGGGACGAUGUGAAAGGAGACCAUGUCAAGCAUUAUAAAAUUCGCAAGCUGGACAGCGGCGGCUACUACAUCACCACCAGGGCUCAGUUUGAAACGCUGCAGCAGCUGGUUCAGCACUACUCAGAUCGAGCCGCUGGGCUCUGCUGUCGCUUGGUGGUUCCCUGCCACAAAGGGAUGCCCCGCCUCGCCGACCUGUCUGUCAAAACCAAAGACGUGUGGGAGAUCCCACGGGAGUCGCUGCAGCUCAUCAAGCGUCUUGGGAAUGGGCAGUUUGGGGAGGUCUGGAUGGAGAGUGCGGAUGGUUUGUGCUUUAAUUUAACGGGCGAGUGUGUGAACUACAUCCCUGACACUGUGGGCUUGAGUCAUGAUGCCUGGGAGAUCAGCAGAGACGCACUUGAGUUGGAAGUAAAGCUGGGGACUGGAUGUUUUGCUGAUGUGUUUUACGGAACGUGGAACGGCACCACUAAGGUGGCAGUGAAGACUCUGAAGCCUGGCACCAUGUCCCCCGAGUCCUUCCUGGAGGAGGCUCAGAUUAUGAAGAAACUCCGCCAUGACAAGCUGGUGCAGCUCUACGCUGUGGUGUCAGAGGAGCCCAUUUACAUCGUCACAGAGUACAUGGGCAAAGGAAGCCUGCUGGACUUCUUGAAGGAUGGAGAAGGACGAGGUUUGAAGCUGCCUAACCUGGUGGACAUGGCAGCACAGGUGGCAGCAGGCAUGGCCUACAUCGAGAGGAUGAACUACAUCCACAGAGACCUGCGAUCCGCCAACAUCCUGGUGGGAGACAACCUGGUGUGCAAGAUCGCUGACUUCGGCCUGGCCAGGCUCAUCGAAGACAACGAAUAUACCGCUCGGCAAGGUGCAAAGUUCCCCAUCAAGUGGACCGCCCCGGAGGCUGCGCUGUACGGGAAGUUCACCAUCAAGUCAGACGUGUGGUCGUUUGGCAUCUUGCUGACAGAGCUGGUCACCAAGGGUCGGGUGCCUUACCCAGGCAUGAACAACCGGGAGGUGCUGGAGCAGGUGGAGCGAGGCUACAGGAUGCCGUGCCCCCAGGACUGCCCCAUCUCACUGCACGAGCUGAUGCUGCAGUGCUGGAAGAAGGAUGCAGAGGAGCGGCCCACCUUUGAGUACCUGCAAGCCUUCUUGGAGGACUACUUCACAGCCACCGAGCCUCAGUACCAACCCGGGGACAACCUCUAAACCCGUCCCCCGCUCGGGGUCGGCUCGUGGCUGGGGCAGGACUGGCUGAAACAGUGCCGUUAUGAAACUCCGGAGCCUUCCCAGCCAGGCCUUUAUUUUAAGGAUCUGUACAGCUUCCUCAGCUCAACCCGAGCAUUUCAGCUCCACCAACAACCCCUAUAACACAACCCUCAGUCUCCGACACGCCCCCUAGUGUCAGAACUCUGCAAAUGCGAUACAUAAGGAAGUUGGAAGGAGGAUGGACUGAGUUAAUUGGGGUCGUGAAAAUACAACGAGAUACCUGUAUUCAAUGUAAAUAAGAAAGGCUUGUUUUAGUUUAAUUGUUUGCUUCCGUUUAAGAUUUUAUUUUCUUCUGCACAAAAUAAUAAUAAUGAUAAAAGUGAGAAAGGCAAAUGAAAAGAAGCAUUCCAGAGGAGCACCUGAGCAGACACAGUUCACCUGUCCGUGUAUUAUACUGGCACUCCUGUAUUCUUUUCUACAGAUUGAAUUGGAAGCUAGGACUCCCCCGCGACUAAAGAUCUUCCUCGUCGUUAGUUCAAGCCAUUAGUUGGCUAAUUGUUUAUGAUAUUAAUUAAAUUAUUUAAAUAUUGUGGGCCAUCAGAAAAUGGUUCCAGGAAUGUUAUCAGUAACAGUGUUAACAGUGAGCUACCAGAUCGUACUGAUGAGCCUUUAAAACAUACAUUUCACAAACGCACGCACGAAGCGAGCCGCGCCUGCUAACAACAAGCGCUAAUGAUUCUGAAUGUGUCGGAACAACCAGUAUGAGACUGGACAUGUUCGUGUAUUUCAACACAGUGUAACAUCCCACACGUCUCACACGGCAAUCAAUAACUUCACAAGAACACUUAGAAACACAAUGGAUGAUGUAUGACGUUACGUACAAAUUAACCCCCAAAUUCUCUCCUGUCCCCGCCUGAACCCACUGUAUCUUCAGAGUCCUGAUCGGAGUCGCUGUGGAUCACCUCGGUACUGUAUUCCACAGUCAGACUGGCCUCUGUCAGUCUCUAAGGCUGUGUUUGGUACCAGGUCCAGCCUUGUUCACUGGGAGGCUUCUGAGCAGGUCCAUCGCUCGCUUGCCCAGCUUCGGUUCUAGUGCUCAUUCUGGCGCCACUGUCCGCUGAGUCCUUCACCCCGGGCCUGAAAACCUCCUCCUCCUGGUGUUCCAAAGGUCCUGUGCUAGUGGUGUACACGCACACCAACACUGCCCCAGUACUCCAAGUCUGGGCAGAGUUGGCUAAUAAGACCGCUAACUGAGCUAACUAGCUAAUAGGAGCUAGAGUUAGCAGCGCGCUAAGUGACUUCUGUUUUACUAGAGAAAAGGUCCAUGUUGCAACAAUCCCCUGAUACUUUCAUCCUGGUGACAAGGCUCGGAUCCCGAAUGAGUUUGAGGUUUUAACUAAUGAAAUGUUUGCCGAUUAAGACUCUUCUCAUCGACAGCGGUUUAGUAGACUAUAAGGGGGGCAGCCGUGUUGGAAGCCUUGAUGUAUUUUUUUCUCAUUUUACAUAAUGUGUAAAAAAAAAAAAAAAAAAUCCACCUCAGAUUAUUGCUUCAUUAUUUACUUUUCAGUUUGUGGUAUUGCAGAGGCUGCAUCAGACGAGCACGAGGCAGCACUCCAUCAGCCUUUUUUCUUUUCUUGCAACCCCAAAGCUCCCUCAGAGCACUAGUUGUUAGGCUACUGCUGUAUGAAACAAGGUUCUUUUGAAAAUUAUAUAUGUCAGAUAUAGAUUUUUGUAAAUUCCAGAUGAGCGUGUAAGGAUUUUCAACAUAUCCCUCCUCGCUAAUAAUUUUGAGAAAAGUUGGGUGGAAAUAUUUCUGUCUUUCUACCACGAGUGUAGUUUUUUGUUUAGCUGAAAGAAAGAAAGUUCGAGUUAAUUUAAGUAUGUUUGUCUUACUUGAGCUGUCAUUCCGAGGCCGCUCCUCGUCAGCACGGUGGUUUUUGGGGAUGUCGGAGUGGACAGUGGCGUUUUUCCUCAUCUCCUGCACGCCCUCCACCUGAGCCUUCGGAUCGCCAACCUGCAGCUGAACCCGGACCACCUCACAAUCCUGAGUUAUAUCUUCUUUUAGGUUUUUACUGACAUGAUUAUAUUCUCUCAGUAUUUGAGUCUUUGAUUUUUGUUUUAAUCCUUUUAAGAGUCAGUUGUGUACUGUAUGUUCAGAUGAGGUUUGGGACCAAUUCAUGUUGCAAUUCAGAAUAAAAAUUAAGUUUGAAUUCAUAAAGUAACCCUCUGAAUUGAAAAUGAAUUGAACCUGGCCCUGAUCUGCUCUUAAUGCAGAUGGUUCUCUGGCCAAUGGAUACCCCUCAUUUUUUAGUUGUACAGCUAACUGGUAUUAAGUGUCGCUAACUUCUCUCCUUUAUAUCUUUUCAUUUCCAUUUUUUAACAGAACUUGUUUUGUUAUUUUGGUGAUUUGGCGUUUGGAAUUCCAAAAAAAAAACAAUAAACAUUUUACACUCUU